AUGCCGUGCUUCAAGGGCAUCGCCGUCAGCAUCCACACACCGGAAGGGCCCCUCUCCGAACAUGGUGUCCAGAGUCUGUCGCGCUUCGGUCGCAUCAACACCUACAUCCCCGUCCCUGCGCCUACAAUCCCGCCAAACUCGACGACCGGUCAGCCGCAACAGUCGACUUUUGCCGUCUCCAUCACUCUCCUCACUCAGGGCUUGAAAGUUCCCUACUCGACUCCGCGCCCCACUCCUACCAACCCCAACCCUUCAGCUGUUUAUGUCGGUCCUCAAACUACUGGUAUGACCAGAGGUCUGCCCAAGAAAGAGCCUGCGCCGAUCGAUCCUGAGACUGGAAAGCCUCAAGUCCUUAUCCCACCCUACCAGCCCCGCACUUCAUCGCCAAACGAGACUAUCGCUGCAUACAUCUACUUUGACGGCCGCCAAAAAGAGGAAGUCGCCACGUUACUCCGCAAAGGCGAAGAGACUUGGGUAAACUCAAGAUGGGUCAGCAUACCUGACAGUGAAGGAGGCGGUCUGGCUGAGCGCGAAUUCCUCUUCCGCGAGGUCGGCCUGGAACGCUGGCUCAACGGACUGGAUCUGACGAGCACCGAUAAGGAAGCAAAAGCCGCUCUGAUUGACAAGCGUAGAAGGAAGUUCGAAAAGAUGCGCCAACGCGAGGAAAAGAAGAGGGAGAUCAAGAGAGAAGACAGUGAUGACGAGGACGACCAGGAAAAGCCCCGCUAUGACCGUAACACCGUCCUGCGCUACGGCGAAGAUACUGGCGCCCCCACAGAGGCCAUCAUGCAAGACGAGGACAUGUCUGAUUCUGACUCGGACUCGGACAUGCCUGAGAGCGAGGCUGCUGGUCAGAUCAAGAUUGUGCUCUUCCGCGUUCUUGCCUCUGGCGAGAUCAAGCGUGGAGAGUAUUCACCGCAAUUUGACGUCCACGACGAUGAAGGCACUAACAAUGACGCCGCCGAGGAUGAGGAUGUCGACCAUACCACCGGCCUUGACAAGCCCAAGACGCUCGAUCCCAAGAGUAUUAGCACACAAACUGUCACCGGCAUCGAUCCCCCAGACAGCCCUUUUGCUACCUUUACCUUUUACUACCGCAGCCCUAAGCAACUCGAAAAGAUGGGCGUCAUCGCACCCAGCCGCAAGACUUCUUCGACCGUCGCGAGAAAACGUAGCACUGAUUUCUCAAAACUCGGUCCCUUGAAGAACCAAGGCACCAAGGGUUUCUCAAGCUACCGCGAUCCUGCCGCACUCGCUCCCCGCAAGGGCUCGAAGAACGCCGAUACAAUGGAUAGCGAUGAAGAAGACGAGGAGCCUGGCGCUCGUGAUGACAUGGACGAUGUUGAUGUCAAAGAUGAGAAUGGUAACCCCUUGAUCCUGACCGAAGAAGACCGUGCCCGUCAAGAGGAGAUGGCCGAGGGUGUCCGCCACAUCAAACUCAAGCGUCAGCAUUCGGGCGAAUUCAACAACCCCACCCCUAGCAAAUCUCCUCACAUCGGUUCCUCGACCGCGCACAUCACCGAGGCCUUGGAUUCACCUAGUGACAAGGCCAGUCAUAAGCUUCUCGCCGAGCCUACAGGUGACUACACCGAGAGUCCCCUGAAGAAACAGCGCCCAGCUGUCGAUGCAAGCCCUCUGAGCAAGCCCAGCCUCACAGGUCCUAGUUCUGCACCUACGACUCAUCCUUCUGUCCCUCUUGGUGCAUCGCCUCUUUCUGCGAGCACAUCAGCACCUCAGACUCAGCCUGCUCACCCCGCUCCACCUGCCCAAGCUAUUGAUGAGGAUGAGGAGCUGUGA